AUGGCCCAGCCCCAGUACCGGCAUCCAUACAGCCCCAGUCCAGCCCCAGUAGCAGCAGCCAUACAGCCCCAGUCCAGCCACAGUAGCAGCAGCCUUACAGCCCCAGUGCAGCCCCAACAGCAGCAGCCAUACUGCCCCAGUCCACCCCUGACAGCCCCAACAGCAGCAGCCAUACUGCCCCAGUCCAGCCCCAACAGCAGCAGCCAUACAGCCCCAGUCCAGCCCCAGUCUAGCCCUAACAGCAGCAGUCAUACAGCUCCAGUCCAGCCCCUUUCCAGCCCCAACAGCAGCAGCCAUACAGCCCCAUUCCAGCCCCAGUCCAGCUCCAACAGCAGCAGCCAUACAGCCCCAGUCCAGCCCCAACAGCAGCAGCCAAACAGCUCCGGUCCAGCCCCAGUCCAGCCCCAACAGCAACAGCCUUACAGCCCCAGUCCAGCCCCAGUCCAGCCCCAACAGCAGCAGCCAUACAGCCCCAGUCCAGCCCCAACAGCAGCAGCCUUACAGCCCCAGUCCAGCCCCAACAGCAGCAGCCAUACAGCCCCAGUCCAGCCCCAACAGCAGCGGCCAUACAGCCCCAGUCCAGCCCCAACAGCAGCAGCCAUACUAUGGACAGUCCAGCCCCAACAGCAGAAGCCAUACAGCCCCAGUCCAGCCCCAACAGCAGCAGCCUUACCGCCCCAGUCCAGCCCCAACAGCAACAGCCAUACAGCCCCAGUCCAGGCCCAGUCCAGCCCCAACAGCAGAAGCCUUACAGCCCCAGUCCAGCCCCAACAACAGCAGCCAUACAGCCCCAGUCCAGCCCCACCUGGCGAGUCCAGCCCUCUCCUCUCCUCCGCUCUGCUGCGCUCUGAGUCCACACACACAGUGGCUCCAGUGGAAUGUGAUGACCGUGUGCUGGACAAAGCCCUGCAUUCAUAUCCUCGUGUUCCACGUCCCACUCCACUUUGGGAGCCUGGUCACUGCCGGGCAGAGAACUAG